AUGAAGUUCCAAAGCUUGUUUCUAGGACUAUUAUUUGCUACUUUUGUUAGCUCAGCUCCAAUCUUGUUGCCUCGUUCCGCCACUCUUGCAGUUCCUACCGAUGAUCCAUUUUACCAGGCACCAAGUGGAUAUGAGGAUGAAGCAGUAGGUACAGUGUUAAGAACCAGAAAGCUUCAAGACGCUUUUGGACUCAUUACCUUUGAACUUCAUGUUAGCGAAGUUCACCAAGUUUUAGUAGUGUCUGAAGAUACUUUCAAAAAUAAAAUUGUCAUAAUGAGUACAGUUUUCGUUCCUUUCAAUGCUGAUCCAAGUAAGCUCGUAUCUUAUCAUAUGGCAGAAGAUACAGCCUCGCCAAACUGUGCACCUUCAUAUGCUAUGCAACUUGAAUCUUCGGCAGCAAGUUGGAUCACUCCUCAAGUUGAAUUGCUUUUAGUUAACAGUGCAUUGAAAGAAGGUUACUAUGUGGUGGUUCCAGAUCAUGAAGGACCAAAAGCUACUUUCGUUGCAGGUUAUCUGGCUGGAUAUGCUGUAUUAAAUACUGUAAGAGGUGUAUUAAGUACUGGAAAUGAUACUGGUAUUGACCCAGAUGCUGAAGUCGCUUUCUGGGGAUAUUCAGGUGGAGGAUUUACCACUGCUUGGGCAUCAUCAUUGCAUCCAACUUAUGCGCCUGAAAUAAAUCUUGUCGGUGCUUCAAUGGGUGGUGUUCCAGUUGAUCUUCACCAUGUUGCUAAUUACACCAUGGGUACGUUAUUUGCUGGUUUCAUUAUUUCAGCAAUUCUUGGGCUUAGUCAUGAAUAUCCUGAUUUGGACAAUCUCCUCACUGAAUAUACAAAAUCUGAAAGUAUAUUGGCCCAUUUAAAGGACGCAGAAAACGAUUGUCUCCUUGAAAUUUUGAGUUAUUAUGCUUUCGCUACUUGGGAUAAUUACUUUACUGAUGGUGAAGCCGUCUUAGACCUUCCUCUCGUUGUAAAUCUUACAGCAGAGAAUAGUAUCAUGAACAAUGGAGGGAUUCCUACUGUACCUAUUUUUGCUUACCAUAGUCAAAUGGAUGAGAUUAUCCCAGUUGAUGAUAUGGAUGACUUGUACGAUUAUUAUUGUGGUAAGGGGGUAGUCAUUGACUACCACAGGGGUUUAUACUCGGGACAUAUCAUUACUGCUGUUACUGGUGCGGGUCUCGCAUUAAACUUUAUUAAGGAUAGAUUUAAUAAGGUACCUGUGAGUGAUAAGUGUUCAAAAACUACUACUGCUUUUGAAGCAUUUGAUCCAGAUGCACUUCCUGGAUUAAAGGACAUUCUUAUUGCUGAUGUGGACUUCUUCCUUGGGGACGAUAUGGGUCCUGACUCGCCAAGUACUGGAAACACUACUACAACUACAGCUUCAGGAACAACUGGCAUUGUUAAUUCUGUUCUUAAUGGUAUUCUGAGUUUGGUUUCUAACUUAAUCAAUCCUGAAAAUCCUGAAAGUGUAACUCCUCAAUACAUCUACGAUCAUCUUGGUGAAACUCUCUCAUCUGCAUGGGGUGCAGUCACUGCUGCUACUAGUUUUGUAUCGGGAAUCUUUGGAGGUCUGGAUUCUUCUAAUAGUACACUGGGUGGAUUAGUAUCAAGUCUAUUAUCUGAGGGAGCAUCGUUGGCAUCAGGUUUACUUGGACUGGAUUCCUCUUCUAAUAGUACACUGGGUGGAUUAGUGUCAAGUUUAUUAUCUGAGGGAGAAUCGUUAGCAUCAGAUUUACUUGGACUGGAUUCCUCUACCAAUAAUACGUCACUGAGUGGUGGUUUACUCUCAACACUUGGAGGCUUAGCAUCAAGCUUAUUUGAUCUGGGAUCAUCUUCAAAUUCAUCAUCUUCUGUUGUUUCAUCACUUUUAUCUGCAGUAUCAUCAAUUCUUUAA